AUGCCUGGAUAUGGGAUUGAUGAGACUGGGAUUGAUUACGGGCCUGUUCUCUGCUUUGAGUCGUUCAACAACUCAUGUGUUAAAUUUGUCUACCCGUCUGAGAUUCAGAUUUUGUUCUAUUUGUUCUUCAGUGCCUUAGCGCUUAUCACAGUAUGUGGAAACCUGCUGGUCAUCAUUGCCAUCAUUCAUUUCAAGCAGCUGCACACGCCAACAAACUACCUCCUCCUGUCACUGGCUGUGGCCGACCUGCUCAUCGGAGGCUUUGUGAUGCCUCCCAGCAUCCUGCGCUCUGUUGAGACUUGCUGGUACUUGGGAGACACGUUCUAUCGCUAUUAUGCUGUGUGUCACCCGCUUCAGUACCGGAAUAAAAUCACACCGCCCGUUUCCCUCAUUAUGAUUUCCCUAUGCUGGUGUCUGGCAGCUUUUGUUGGAUUUUCUAUGGUAUUUCUAGAGCUCAACAUUUUGGGUUCAGAGGAGUUUUAUUUUGAUAAUAUAGCUUGUAAGGGAUCAUGCGUUAUUUUUCAAACCAGAGCAGCCAGCACCAUUUCCUCAUUUCUUGCUUUUGGACUUCCUGCAAUAAUUGCUGUCUGCAUAUAUCUAAAAAUUCUCCUUGUUGCACGAAGACAAUCAAAGUCUAUACAGCAUUCAUCACACGUGGGCAAGAAAACCAGCAUGUCUAUGAAUAAAACUGAGGGGAAGGCAACAAAAACACUGGCAAUCAUCAUGGGGGUAUUUUUUGUGUGCGUUUCACCAUUUUUCUUCAGUAAUCUAGUAAAUCCGUAUCUUGAUCACACAAUAUCACCGGCUGUUUUUGAUGUUUUGUUGUGGAUUGGAUAUUUUAAUUCUCUAUGUAACCCUUUUGUGUAUGCAUUCUUUUAUAGAUGGUUUAGAAAAUCUCUAAGAAUUAUUCUUUUGGCCAAAAUAUUUCAAGUUAAUUCUUCGCAACUUGACUUGAUGGAAAGACAAUGACAAUUAUUUUGUAAAUAAUAU